AUGGCAUCUCUAGACUUCGACCAGAAAUUCCUGGGGCGGGUAGCCAAGCAGACAGAGGACUCCAACCCAUAUUUGUCUGGCGCGCUCUACCAGAUUCUAGGACUCUCGGUUCUGCUUUCGCGAAGACUGAUUCGUGCUCGGAAGCUUCGUAAACUUGACACAAGCAGAGACACCCCUUCACUCGCGGCAUAUCAACACAUCCUAUGGAUGUCUCGAGAAGGAUUGUCUAUCUUGGAGCUAUACGUGCUCCCGUAUGCUCAAGACAACCAACAUGGGCCAGAGUGCAGAGUGCUGAGCGUGAAGUUACGCGCCAGCUUCUACCAUAUCUUCUGCCUGUUUCACAACCAGCCGCCAGUCACCAUGACGAACAUGGAAUCAAUAGAGUCAAAGACGGCCGGUGCACCGCUAUCUCCACAAUCUAGAAAUGGUCACAGGACUGAGCAAGUGCUGUCGCCACCGACAAAGCGCAACGGCAAGCAACCCGCAUUGCGCGAACCCAUCGACUCAAUCGUCUCGGAGACAUCCUUUGUGACAAAUCCGUAUGCAGCAGGCGGACCAGUGGGAACACCAUCUCCAGGACCACCACUCAAUGCGCCCCCAGGUCUCAACCCAGUUCCAAUACCUCAGCCAUCCUCCUUUCUUUUGCCGCCGCUGAACUUCGUGCCGCUAGCGACUGGAUACUUCACAACUGCGAACCAGUACGCCACAUCGUUCCUGCCGGGAUCGCAUCCUCUUCGACUGUCGGUGGCUCUCGAACACAGCGCAUUCCUUUGGGAUUGCGUGCACGAUCAUGAAGGGUCACGACGCAUCGCACGUCGCGCUAUCAAGGAUGUCUAUCGUGCACAGGAAGCAAUGGAUGAUAGCGAGUUCGAGGAUGCUGCAGAGCUGGUUGGCGUCUUGGGGCGUAUGAUGAAGCGCAAGAGCUUCGAGACCACACCGCGAAUGGGCGGUGUGGGUAGCCCUGAGCCUGUCGCACCGAGUGGUGCUCAAGGCUCCGCUGAUCAAGGUAGAGGUGAUAUAGACCGCGGCAUCCCCGUGACAGUCCCUCUACAAUACUCUCGAAACCCCAGAAGGGCCGCCGAUGGUCCUCCCAUCACCGUAUCUGCUCCGCAAAGCCCGCCGAAGGAUCCUGUCCGCAGCCGAGCCAACAGCGCUUCAUCUAAGCACAGACACACUGACAGUCAUGAGAACACGCCUCGCUCGAACGCGAACCGAUCAUCGAGCGGGAGCCAAACAACACCACGUGCAAAGCAUGUUAGCAUGGAGAGCGGGGGCAGCAUGACCCCAAGAGUACCGCAGGGCAAAGGUGGCCGUUCUCCCUCAACCCCAUCGACCCUCCGCAGCGUUCAUAAAUAUGAUGGUAGCGGUGGCUCGCAAAAAGCGACGCGAGAGUUCAUAACAUCGCCAAUAAUAUCAGAAAGUGCUGCUGUUACAGCUGCAUACGAAGAAAUGAGGGCUUCGUCAACCUCACGUCGAUCACCACCG